AUGCGUCCUCUCACCACCGUUUUCACGGCCGCGACCACCCCCGUUGUCCAGGCACUGUUGUCCCACUUCCGCGACGCCAGUCCGUUGUGGCUAACGAUUGGCGGCACCAAGAGGAGGGCUGCCUGUCAGCGUCUCAUCAUGCCAGUGGCAGCACGGAGCCGUUUGGUGCUCAACUGCGUCCUGGCAUUGGCAGCAGGGGAUCUGAGCAAGUACCACCUGGCAAGCUCUGACAUGGCCAAUCUGUCUUGUGGCUUCUACGGCCAGGCCUUAGAGGGCAUCCGCUCUGUGUUGGACAGUGAGCGUGCACCAAGCGGCUCUGUAGGGGCCGGGGCCCAUAAUGCGGCGGCCGUCAAUUUCACUAAUAGUGAGAGGAUUCUACCUCACAUUAACGCUGCCGCAGCCCUGUGUCACAGUCGCAGUUUCGUAAUGGCACAAGAUCCCGGUCUACGAGGCCUGAUUUUCGAGAUAUUCUGCUACAUUUUCACCCUGACAGCAUUUUCACAUGGACACAACCUGCAGCUCAAUCUAGCUCUACAGAUUUUCAACUCGCCCUUCCUCACAGGCUGUCAGUAUCAAGGUAUCCUACUCGGACGAAGCCGGGAGGUGUUUUUCUACAUCCUUCGCGUGUCCAUGCUAGCCGAUGAUGUAAGGUCUGCUGCUGCUUCUAGCACGGCUGCUGCCUCCGAGCUGCGGACCAUCGAAACACAGCUUUCCCAGCCGCAUCCGUUUUCACCGAAAGAACUUCACACUGCAGCAAGUGAUGACGCGGAUUUGAUCUUCAAUUUGUAUCGGCUUGGCUGUCUCCUCUACGUGAAGAGGACGUUGAACCCUCAGCUUGCGCACCAGUCUCCAGAGAUCCAAAAUUUAAUUCAAGAGUUCGUCUCGAGCCUUGAGGAGCUAUCCCCAUCCUCCCCAGCGAACGGGGUGAUGUGUUGGCCGCUCGUUGUGGCAGGUCUGGGCGCUACUGUAGGAACCCACAGGAGAUUGAUAGCGAGUAGGCUGCGCAAGAAUCAUGAGACAUGGAGAACAGACAUACUGAAAAGAAGCGAGGAAUUUCUCUCAAAAACGUGGAGGGAAAACAGAAACGCCGGACUCUGUGAAAGGCACGACACAUACUCAACACCUGAGUUCGCACGCUGGUAG